AACCAACCCUUCCAUGUCCCAGAUGAAGUGAAAAUGGUUUAUGACAAUGGCUUUCUCAGAAGUCUACAUUACACUAGAUUAGCUAGCCUCUGGCUGAAUAGACUAUAUGACUACCAAGCCCAAGGACUAAAUUCGUCAAAUUAUAUCGAUUUUCUGGGAAUGUUGAACAAAAUCGAUGACUACGACACCCAGAUAGCGAUGGAGAAGUACACUAUACCAAACGUAUCGCUAACGCCAACGGAUUUCAAUAAUCGUUACAUGCUCUCAAUAAAGCAGUUUCCAGUGCCUCCGGUGCGGUUGGAUGUAGGAGAUUUCGUCCAAGCUAUAACACCCCAUUUAAAUCACCGUUGUGUCCCAACGCAAAAUUUAGUAAGAGGAUUUAUUGCCGAAAGAGAUACCUGGAUGACACUGGAAUUCGAAAAUCCAUUGAAAAUUGGAAAUAACAUUGCACUGAAAUUUCCUCCGAAUCGGCUAGCGUUUCAAUUGGAAUAUAGAGCAUUGUUCCAUUUAAGCCAUAUCGAUAUUUCCAGCACUUUGUUUCCCAUGGAAACGAGCGGUACACACCAAAAUAGUUUUCUGCCAUCAAAAAAGAAAAAAGGAACGAUACAGUCGUUUUCGUGGUUUAAUACCUCUAUAGCGAGAAAUGAAUUACAAAAGACCGCUAUAAAAAAUAUCGUAAACCGAACGGCUUAUCCGGCUCCAUACAUUUUGUUCGGUCCGCCGGGUACGGGCAAAACGAGUACAAUUGUUGAAGCCGUAAUGCAGAUCUACAAAAAUAAGCCCAACUCGCGUAUGCUUGUUACGGCUACGUCGAAUUUUGCGUGUAACGAGCUCGCAAGGAGAUUACUAGAAUAUGUGCCAGUCGAUGAUGUCUACCGGUACUUUUCAUGUAUUCAAGAACGUAAUAUUAAUAUGACAGAUUCUUCGAUUUUGGCCAUUUCGAACCUGCACAGUGGCAAGUUUGAGUUUCCCUCUAUGGACGAUUUCCUUAAGACGCGCAUCCUUGUCUGCACCGUGAUGACCAGCGGCCGGCUGUUAGCGCUUGGGGUAAAGCCAGAUACCUACGAUUACAUUUUCAUCGAUGAAUGUGGCAGCUCGAAGGAACUGUCCGCCCUGGUCCCGAUAGGAAUCGUCGGAGUAAAUAUAGAAUUUAAAAAAAUGCACGCAAGCAUAGUGUUGGCCGGAGAUCCAAAACAACUCGGGCCGGUAACGUUCUGCAGUUUUCUGAAAGAAACACCCCAUGACGUUUCCCUGCUAGAUCGUUUGAUGAAAAUGCCAUUAUAUGCUCGCGAUCCCAAUAACAAUAAGGCCUACAACGAUCGAAUGGUGACCAAGUUGCUUGACAACUACCGAUCGCACCAUAAACUGAUAGCCUUUUCUAACCGAGAGUUUUACGAAGGAGAACUACGUGCAAAGGCAUCGCCCGAAACCACCCACUGGGCAAUCGGGUGGGAGCGACUGGUAAAUCCCGAAUUUCCAAUGAUUUUCCAUGCAGUGAUCGGAUAUAUGCAGCAGGAUCCAUUCUCGCUGAGCUACUUCAACGUGGACGAGGCCUAUUGCGUUUAUGAGUACGUGCAAUGCCUACUGAAGAGCAGUACAAAUGGUAGAAUAGUUAACCAGGACGACAUCGGCAUCGUCACCCCGUACUCCAGACAGGUUGCUUUUAUUAAAAAUGGCCUUUCAAAUCUAGGACUGGACAACAUUGAAGUCGGUACGGCCGAGCAAUUUCAGGGCAGAGAAAAAUCGGUCAUCAUUAUCUCGACCGUUCGGUCGAAUCGAAAAACGGUCGGAUUUUUACAUGAUGACCGACGAUUGAAUGUUAUGUUGACCCGGGCCAAAGCGCUUACAAUAAUUAUCGGUAACCCCAACAAUUUGGGUACAGAUCAAACAUGGGAAAGACUGUUGAAGUUCAUUGAACAAAAUAACGGAUUUCUUGGUAAAAAUUUCCACUUCACGAACAUUCAUCGUAAAUCAAAAUGCAAGAAACAAUAGCUGUGGACAUGACGAAUUUAUGUAUUUUAAACGUGUGCUCAAAGAAAAAACCAUACCGAUAUCAUUAUCUUCCAUGGGUAUUGCCUUGGGACUAGAUUUAAGAAACAACACCACAACAUCGUUUUCCUAAGCAAGAUGGACAUAAUUUAAGUGAUAAGCCGUGGCCACACGGGGCGAAAACUCUAGCGCAAACGAAAAAAUUAAUGCCAAAACUUUUGCGCUUCGAUAUGUUUACAUGGCCGGGUUGAGGAAAUUAAAAUCGUUUUUUUGAAGAAAAGGAUUGAAUACACUAGCAAUGAUAACUCACUGUCGAUGUAAACCACAAAAAGAACAUAUUGUGAGCCCUACCGUUUGCAAAAAGCUUUUACGCUAGGUUUUACGCUCCACGGACCAAUAAUCGUUUGACAGCAUGUA